AAAAUCAUUAUAUCACUGCGUGUACAAUCUAGUGUGCGGUUUGCAAAAGUGAUAGAAGCAACAUUACCAUGAGGAUGCUAGGUAUAUCGACAUUGUAUUUUGCCGUGUGUCUGUCCAAUGUUCCGUUUUCUAUAGGAUUGUUUGAAUCUCAAAACACAUUACUGAAACCUCUAGGUAGACAGUUGCGUGAUAUCCAGAACACAGAAAAGAGGCAACGUGAAAAUUCCAAAUUCGGCGUAUUCAGCAAUCCUUUUGGCAACAAACAAGAAGAAAGCAACAGAAAAUCUAUCAAGAGGAAGUUGCCAACAGACUUAGAUAUCCCAGAAACCUCUAAACAUUCUGAUUUGCCAUUUGCAACAAGACGUAGUAAAGCAGACGGCGUUCGUAGAAAAUUUAGAUCAAGAAAGCCGUCAUGGAUGUCAUCCAUGUUAGGCAACAGACGACAGGGAAUGAAUGAUGCGAAGGAUAAAAAUCCUUCUAGGAAAGUGGGAUCGCAUUUAAAUCCCUUUGCCAACCCAUCUGAAAAGCAAGACUUUCUUCCACUAACAACUGAAGGUACACCAAACAUUGCUGAACAGACAAAUGUCAAUCCAAAAGCGGCGGAACAGGAAGCAGAUGUCAAUACAAAACCAAUUUUACAAGAAACGGAUGUGCGUGUCAACACAAAACCAAGUGUACAAGAAACGGAUGUAGGUAAAGGUCAAGAAGAAAAUCAAGCUUCGUCGAAAUAUGAAUUUGGGGGAGAGAGUCACCUUGUGCCAUGCCAGUGGGGAGGUUGUUUCGACGGAUUCCAUUGCAUGAGAUUGGAAAAGGGUCGUGCAAUUGAUUGCCAGGAAGACACUACUGAAUUUUGUCAGUGUAUGCGAGAGAAGUCUCGGGGGAAAACACAAGGUCAGGCCGAAGCAGAAUCAAGUUCUUUAAAAAUAUCAGUACCGACAACGGAAGGUGGUGGGGCUCUACCGUACAAUAUUCCACAGGAUAUGGAAGUUGGAGGAGAAAGUCUUGCUGGGGUACCAUGUCAAUAUACGGGGUGUUUGGAGAAUUUUCAAUGUAUGACGAUCGAAAAGGGUCAGCUGAUUGUUUGUGACGCAGACAGUAUGGACAUAUGUCAGUGCAUGAGAAAAAAAUCAUCUAUCAGCUCUCACAACAUUGCUGAUGUAAAGACAACUACGAUACCAUCCACUGAAGUGCCACUAGUCAUGGGUACCGAUUCAGUCAUUCCUUGUCAAUUUUGGGGGUGCGAGAGUGGGUUCCAGUGUUUAUUGGUCAUCAAUGGUCAAAAGAGGGCGUGUCCAUCAAACAGCAAUGCAGUCUGCCAGUGUGUUAGACAUGUUGUAGGAUAAGAGGGCGUGUCGUGGAUGGCUUCAGUUUAAAUUGCAGCAUACCACUGUUGAGAGAUACUCGCUAGUUCUAGUUUUUGUAAAAGCAGCAUAUUAUGCAUAUCUAAAAAUUAAAAUUCUAACUGUAAGUGUGUUUGAAUAUUAA